CACGGGAAUAAAUAAAUUCUGCAUGUUCACCUCAAAUUUUUAGAUACAAUUAAUUUCUAAAUGUUCAGGAUAACAUCGUUAUUUAUAAUAAGUUUGCUGUAUUUGAGUUUCGCUUACCAGGAUGAUUAUUCGGGAUACAAAGUAUAUCAAAUAGUGCCAAAUAAUGAAGACGAAUUAAAAACAAUUCAAAUAUUAAUUAAACAUCCACAAAUGGACGUAUGGACAUCAUCCAAAUUAAUAGGACAUCCAACAGUGUUUAUGGUUCCACCAACAAUAGACUAUCGAUUGAGAUCUUCAUUAAGAGUCAAUAAUUUGCCGUAUGAUACUUUAAUUGAAGAUGUUCAAAGCACUGUCGUUAACGAAAAACAUGAACAAGCGGCAGCUAGACGAAUUGCUUCCAAACAAAAUGGAUUAUUAACAUUUAAACAAUAUGAACGAUUUGAUACGAUAACUUGGUUUUUAAGAAAUUUAACAAAUUUAUAUCCAGAUAUAGUUCAAUUAAUAAACAUUGGUAAAAGUUACGAAGGACGUGAUUUAGAAGUGUUGAAAAUAUCAUCAGGAGGUAAUGAAGAUAAACCAGCUAUUUUUAUUGAUGGAGGGAUGCAUGCGCGAGAAUGGAUUUCACCAGCUACAGUUUUAUAUAUUAUCAGCCAAUUAGUUGAAAAUUAUUCUGAAAAUUCAGCUUUAACUGACAAUAUUGAUUGGUAUAUUAUUCCAGUCAUCAAUCCGGAUGGAUAUGAAUAUACACAUACAAUGAGUCGUUUUUGGAGAAAAACUCGAUCCGUUAAUUUAAAUACUUAUUGUAGGGGAACGGAUCCCAAUCGUAACUUUGAUUUCCAUUGGAAUGAAGUUGGGGCAAGUUCAGAUCCCUGUGACGAAAUAUUUGCGGGUAGUGAUGCCUUUUCUGAGAGAGAAACUGAUGCAUUGUCAAACUUCGUAUUAGGUGUCAAGCAAAACAUUAAAUUAUAUUUAACAUUUCAUAGUUAUGGUGAAUAUUUAUUGUAUCCAUGGGGCUACACAAGUGCCUUACCUCAUGAUUUUUUUGAAUUAGAAACGGUUGCACGUAGAGCAAACGCAGUAGCGAACAAAAGGUAUACAGUAGGAAGUUCUACAAAUGUUUUAUAUUCUGCUGCUGGUGGAAGUGAUGACUGGUUUAAAGGAGUAGCUGGUGUAAAUCUUUCAUAUACCAUUGAAUUGCCUGGUGGUGGUUUAUCUGGUUUUGAUUUGCCACCAAGCAGAAUUGAUGAAGUUGUUCAAGAGACAUUUGAAAUGGUUAAAGUAUUUGCUGGAUAUAUUCAAGAAAAAUUCUUGUAUAAUCGAUUUUUGCUUCACUAAUUUUUUGAUUUAC